GUUAGUGUGUCUAGGGAUUGCUAGCAAAGGGACAUAGGUGCUUGAGUUUCUCUGGGAAGGAGAAAUCGCCCUGCACACACAGCAAGCUGUUUAUUUUGCUCUCUGCGUCACAGGCUUUUCUUCUGUCGUUGUCCACUGUCUAGUGUCUAAUCUCCCUAAAACUGUCACCGAAUGUGGUAUUUGGGUUCCAUGCUUCUCCCUGAGCAGUUCUUCUGGAAGGGUUUACCCAAGUGUUUGUACUGUGUCAAAAAGUGAAAUGGGGAUUUCACUCAGGGUCCUGCAAUUUUUGCACAGUGGGCUCCGUGCCCUGUCUUUUGUGCUGUUUCCAAUUUUGUCACGCUUCAAUAAAACCAAGUGUCUAUGUGCUAGAGACUGGCUUAUGGCAUUGAAGACUACUCAAAUGAAACAUGGUAUUUCUUAGCUAGGCAGUGGUGGCACAUGCCUUUAAUCCCAGCACCUGGGAGACAGAGGCAGGUGGAUCCCUGAGUUUGAGGCCAGCCUCAUCUACAAAAGAGUUCCGGGACAGCCAGGGCUACCCAGAGAAACCCUGUCUCAAAAACCUAAAAAACAAAAGAACAACAACAAAGGAGCAAGGUACUUUUUACAAAACAAAUUUGAAUAAGCUUUUCUAUUCAAAUUAGUAAAUGAAUGAGAAGCUCCACAGUGUCAGUUCCAAUCUGCUGUUCUAACUGCAAAGAAGUUCACUGGGGUGUACCAGCUUUGGGUCUGGUUACUUUUAGUGUGUGAUGUUUUAUUUCUAAGUUUUGUAUGAAAAACAUGGUCUUUAACUCACCUUGUUUUACAUACCAGAAUUCUCUGUGGAUUUUGUAACUGUAAUUAAUGUACAGAUACUUCUUAGAUAAUGUCACUGAUCUGUAGGAAAAUAACUAUGUUUUCCCUGCUUUGUGCAUCAAAGCUGUUUUCUUACAAUGUAAAGGUGAUGCAGCAGCAUGCUCAUUAUAACUUUUAAAUCCCUCAUGUAUUGAUGGGAAUCAAGAUUCACUAGACUCAGUACAGGUUAAGUGAAGUUUAUUCAUAGCCAAUAGGGAAGCAAGAUAGCUGGGACUAGGAGAGAUGGAGGAUUCUGGGAAACAUAGACACAGUGUGUCGCCAUGUAGGAGGUCAGAGGAGUAACAGGUCCAGACCCUUUCUAUGGUGUAAAUACUUAGAUUAUUAGAAGUGGGUUAAUAAUUUAGGCAGAGAUAGCCAGUAAGAAGCCAUAGACAGUGGCCAACAGUUUCAUAAUUAAUAUAGUGUCUGUGUGCUUCAUUGGGGCAGAGAAAGGCGGAGGGACCUGCCAGCCCAAAAAUACUCACGUUACACUCACGUAUGUAUCGCCAAAAGUAAACACACCUGAUUGAAGCAUGUUUGAAGAAUGUCCUGUGAGGUCAUGAACAUUGCCAUCUGCAUCUGGAAGGUGGAAGAAGAAAAUCAGGGGUGCAAGGUUACCUACCCUCUGCUUAGAGAGUUUAAGGAAAUGCUGUCAUUCAGGGAUGUGGCCAUUGAUUUCUCUGCAGAGGAGUGGGAAUGCCUGGGCCCUGCUCAGUGGAAUCUGUACAGGGAUGUGAUGUUGGAGAAUUACAGCAACCUUGUAUUCCUGGGACUUGCUUUCUCUAAGCCAUACCUGGUCACAUUUCUAGAGCAGAGACAAGAGCCUUCAGAUGUGAAGACACAAGAUGCUGCCACCAUGCACCCAGAUAUAAAGCCGUAUAAAUGUAAGGAAUGUGGCAAAGCCUGUGAUUGGAACUCACUCCUUGAAAACCAGAGAAUUCAUUCAGAAGAGAAAGCCUACAUGUGUGAAGAAUGUGGGAAGACUUCUGGUUCUUGUUCAGUACUUUCUGAACAGCAGAUAAUUGAUACAGGAGAGAAAGCCUACAAGUGUGAAGAAUGUGGCAAAGUCGUUUGCACUUGCUUAGGACAUUCUAGCUACCAGGAAAUUUGCAUUGGCGAGAACACCUACAAGUAUGAAGAAUAUGGAAAAGCCUUUUCUACUCAUUCAUGUCUUACACAGCAUGAGGUAGAACACACUGAACAGAAAUUCUAUAACUGCGAAGAAUGUGGGAAACUGUUUUAUUGUCCUUCUGACCUUACAGAACAUCAAAUAAUUCAUUCUCAAGAGAAUUCUUUUAAGAUUGAAGUAUGUAGUGAGGUCUUUUGUUCUCCCAUAGAACUUUCUCAAGACCAGACAUUUUGUACUGAAGAGAAUCCCUACCAGUAUGAAGAAUGUGUUAAGGCCUUUAGUGCUUGCUCAGUGCUUUCUGAACACCCAGGAGUUCAUCCAGGAGAUGAAGCCUACAAGUGUGAAGAAUGUGGUGAUGCCUUUUGUGCACUUCAUUCAGUAUCUAACCACCUGAAAAUUCAUUGUGAAGUGAAAUCCUACAAGUGUGAAGAAUGUGGGAAAGCCUUCCCUAGUCAUCUCUCCCUGAUCCAACAUAAGAUAGGUCAUACUAGAGAGAAACCUUACCAAUGUGAAGAAUGCGGCAAAAUGUUUUACUGUUCUUCAAACCUUAAGCAACAUCAAAUAACUCAUUCUCAAGAGAAACCUUACAAGUGUGAAGUAUGUGGCAAGGUCUUUAGAACUUGCUGGCAACUUUCUAAACACCUGAGAAUCCAUUCUGGAGAGAAACCUUACAAGUGUGAAGAAUGUGGCAAAGCCUUUUAUACUCUCUCAUACCUUACUCAGCACAAAUUAGGUCACACUGGGGAGAAACCUUACAAAUGUGAGGAAUGUGGCAAAACCUUUUACUAUCCUUCAGUUCUUAAGGAACACCAAGCAAUCCAUUCUGGACAGAAACCAUACAGGUGUGAAGAAUGUGGCAAAGACUUCUGCACUCGCUCAGGACGUUCCAGACACCAGCGAAUACAUACUGGAGAGAAACCUUACAAGUGUGAGCAAUGUGGGAAGGCCUUCUCUACUCAUUCAUACCUUUCUCAUCACAAGAUAGUUCACACCGGCCAUAAACCCUACAAGUGUGAGGAAUGUGGCAAAAAGUUUUACUACCCUUCUCGCCUUAAGGAACAUCAAAGGAUUCACUCUCAAGAGAACCCUUACAAGUGUGAAAUAUGUGGCAAAGCCUUUUAUACUCUCUCAUACUUUACUCAGCACAAAUUAGGUCACACUGGGGAGAAACCUUACAAAUGUGAGGAAUGUGGCAAAACCUUUUACUAUCCUUCAAUCCUUAGGGAACACCAAGCAAUCCAUUCUGGAAAGAAACCAUACAGGUGUGAAAAAUGUGGCAAAGACUUCUGCACUCGCUCAGGACGUUCCAGACACCAAAGAAUUCAUACUGGAGAGAAACCCCACAAGUGUGAAGAAUGUGGGAAGGUCUUCUCUACUCAUUCAUAUCUUUCUCAGCACAAGGUAGUCCACUCUGGAGAGAAACCUUACAAGUGUGAGGAAUGUGGCAAAAAGUUUUACUACCCUUCUCGCCUUAAGGAACAUCAAAGAAUUCACUCUCAAGAGAACCCUUACAAGUGUGAAAUAUGUGGCAAUGUCUUUUGUACUCCCAAAGGACUUUCUAAACACCAGAGAUUUCAUACGGGAGAGAAACCCUACAAGUGUGAAGAAUGUGGAAAAACGUUUUACUAUCCUUCUCGCCUUAAGGAACAUCAAAAAAUUCACUCUCAAGAGAACCCUUACAAGUGUGAAAUAUGUGGCAAAGCCUUUUAUACUCUCUCAUACCUUACUCAGCACAAAUUAGGUCACACUGGGGAGAAACCUUACAAAUGUGAGGAAUGUGGCAAAACCUUUUACUAUCCUUCAAUCCUUAGGGAACACCAAGCAAUCCAUUCUGGAAAGAAACCAUACAGGUGUGAAGAAUGUGGCAAAGACUUCUACACUCGCUCAGGACGUUCUAGACACCAGCGAAUACAUACUGGAGAGAAACCUUACAAGUGUGAGCAAUGUGGGAAGACCUUCUCUACUCAUUCAUACCUUUCUCAGCACAAGGUAGUUCACUCUGGAGACAGACCUUACAAGUGUGAGAAGUGUGGCAAAAUGUUUUACUACCCUUCUCGCCUUAAGGAACAUCAAAGAAUUCAUUCUCAAGAGAAUCCCUACAAGUGUGAAGUGUGUGGCAAAGUCUUUAGUGCUCACUUAGAACUUGCAACACACCUGAGUAUUCAUUCUGGAUAAAACCCUGCAGGUGUGAAGGAUGUGGGAAAGCUUUUAACUUAUCCAUCCUUACCUCAGGGCAAAUUCCUGGAAAGAAAUCUUACCCAUGUGAGGAAUGUGGCAAAAAUGUGUUCUGUCCUCCAAACCUAAAGGAACACCAGCUAACUCAUGCUGGAGAGAAAUCACACAGGUGUGAGGACUGUAGGAAAGUCUUUUGUGCUCACUUAGAACUUUCUGGACAUCAAAAGAAUCAUACUGGUGAGAAAGUCCACAAGUGUGGAAAAGCUUCUACUAAACUUUUUAAUCUUACCCAGCACAAGGGAGUUCAUUCUAUUCAGAAACACUAUUCAUGGGAAAAUGCUGGAAAAGUUUUUACUCUUCAAUCUUUAAAAAAUAUCACAGAAUUCAUUCGGAAGAGAGACCCUACAAGUGUGAGGGAUGUUUUAAAGCUUUUAUCAUUCAGUCUUAUCAAACUCAAAUGAAUCCAUCGUAGAGAGAAGCCAAGCCCUUGUGAAGAAUGUGGCAAGGGCUUUACUAAUAAUUCAACACUUUGUAACUGCCAUAAAAUUUAUACUGGGAAGAAACACUACAGAUAUGAACAAAUUGACAAGACUUUUAAAGGUAUUGGUACUGAAGAGAAACCUUACAACAGUAAAGUAUAUUAUGAAGGUUUCAUAUCAUUCAGCUCUAUGAUGAAUGUCACAGAAUUCACAAGUGGGAGAAUCUACAAGUGUGCAGAAUAUAGCCAGGUGUUUAGCUGUAAUUUGUCAUUGCAUAAGCAUGAAAGAGUACCCCAGAAAUGCAAAGAAUAUGGCAAGGCCUUUAGCUGUUUUUCUUACUUUAAUUAUCCUCAGAGACUUCAUACUGGAGAGAAUCUGCACAUAAAAAUAAUGUGUCACAUUUUAAUAAUAUUUCAAAUAUUAGUCAACACCAAAGAAUUCCGUAAGCAUCACUGUUCAACUUCACACCUCUGCAUUUUCUAAAGGAAUCUCAGCUGUGUGGUUACCUAGAUCUGACUGGCUUAGAGAUGCGUCUAUGGGAUGUUGGAUGGAUGCUGAUUAAUUCCCAGUCCCACCCUUGGGUAGGUGGUCCUGGGUGAAUGAGAAUUCUGGCCAAGCAGAAAUCCGAGGGAGCAAGCCAAUAAGCAGAAUUCUUCAAUGGUUUCUUCUUUAGUUCCUGUCUCAAGGUUUCUCCUUGAGCUCUUGCCCUGGCUGAACUGCUUGAUUAAUUCCUAAAUUGGAGUAAACCCUUUUCUCUCCUAAGUUGUGUUUUUAGUUAUGGCAUUUAUCACAGCAACAGACAUCAAAGUCAGACAGCAUGGACAUGCAAAGGCUUUUCAGUUUCUUUAUACCUUGGUUAUCAUCAGUCUUCAUACUGGAGAGAAUGUCACAAUGUCUUUUAGAGUGUAGAAUCAGACCCCUAACCUCAGCUGAGAACAUCUGAGUCCUAUAGCAGAGACUCCCUUUGCUGUAAUCUACAAACCUAUUCUUUUAGACAAUGUGUUUUCAAGGUAUAUCAGUUGAUUGUUCUAACUAUGAAUGCAUCCAGAAAUUGUUGCCAUGUUGUCAGACUGUACUUGGGUAACCUGAAUCUGGAUUCCCGAGCCAUGAUCUAUAUGCGGUUUCCCCUUUUGGGUCCCCCAAUUGUAAGUAACCCUUCCCCUUUGGUCUGUAAGAAAACCCAAUAAAUUCACUUUUCUCAUCAAUUUGGACUGUGGUGACAUCCUAGAAUGGUUUCUUGUUGGGCCCCUUUGUAGUAACUAGGCAUUUGUUUGUGUCUAGAGAUAGAUAACAUAACACAUGUCAUUCAUAUAUGGUUCCAAAAUAAACAAUGUCUCAUUCCCUUUCA